AUGGCGCCGGCCCCGUCCGUCGUCGCGGCCCUCGGCGCCCGCGUCUCGACGGCGCCCUACCGCACGUCGGUCCCGCCCGUCGUCGCCCUCGCCGACGCAGCGCGCGAGCGCGUCGAGACGAGCUACGUCCUCUUUGUCGACGGGCACGUGCGCGCGACCGACGUCCUCGGGCGCGACAAGGGCUACGUCAAGGCCCUCUUGCACGCGAGCGGCACGAGGGAGUACGGCUCAUCCCUCCUCACGGCCGGCGGCGUCACCCUCCCGGCGUCGCACCACCACGCGGCGGGCUCGCUCGGUCCUGGGUCCGCGGCGCAGUGCGUCUUCCCGCUCCGGGCGGGUGGCACGGCGCACCGCCUCGCGGCGCCAUCCCUCCCGUUCCUCGCGCCCACGUCGUGGCUCCUCCCGCGCGACCCGGGUCGCGCCUCGUCGACCUCGGUCCUGCAGGGCCUCGCGACCGACCUCCCGCUCGAGCUCGCCCUCGCCGCCGCCCUGUGGACCAAGCACGCGAUCCCGACUUUCGCCCUCCCGCUGUCGACCGCCGACGCGCCCUCGGGCACGGCCCUCGACGGCUACGCGUGCGACCGCCUCAAGCGCUCGCUCGCGGCGUCGCCGCGCGUCGCGGGCCUGUUUGAGCCGGCGCAAGGCGGCGGGCAGGGCCUGCGCGUCCUCCAGGCGGCCGGCGACCGGUCCAAGGGCGGCGCGCAGGCGAUGCGCGAGUGGACGCUCGCCGAGCGCGCAGAGGAGCAGCGCGCGAAGUUGCUCGGGACGGGCACGGUCGUCGUGCUCGUCAGCGGGCGGGACGAGCUUGACGCCGUGAGGGGACUCGCGUGCCGGUUCGCCGGCAUGGCGGCGGGCGGGCCGGCCUCGGCGGCGGCGGACGACGGCGAGGACGACGCGCAAGGGUCGAGCUCGAGGGAGGGCGUCAGGAGGGACUUCAAGGUGCUCGUCGCCGACUACGACCCGGCGCGCGAGCGCGACGAGCCGCCGACUGCCACCGGGUCGUCCUCCUGCCACCUCGGCCUGACGCCCAUCGGCGCACCUCCAUCUCGCCCUUCCUCGACCUCGUCCUCGUCGUCAAACACGAGCGCCGAGCCAGAUGAGCCCGUCUCGCUCGCCCUCGUCGACGCCCUCGACGCCCUCGACCCGCCGCCAGCGUUCGUCCUCUUCCUGUCGGACGGCCCUCGCGCACGCGAGUUCGACGAGGUCUUGCGGUGGAUGGGCGGGUUUUUCGGCGUGCGAGGGGGCGGGUCGAGCGGCGGCGGCGGCGGCGGCGAGCGGUUGAGCCGAGUCAGGGCCGAGCGGGAGAUGCUCAAGGGCGUCAGCGUCGGCGCGUCGGGCGAGGACGAGGGCAAGGCGGGCGAGGCGAGGGGUAGGGGGAGGCCGACCAUCGUCGGCAUGACGAGGGACGAGGCCAAGCGGGCAGAGUGGGUCGGUGCGCUCGACCUCGAGGCGCUGCGACACUUCCACACGCCGCGCAUAGACCUGUCGGUCGUCACGAACGACCGCCCCGUCUCGCUGCACCGCCUCCUCUCGUCGCUCCAGACGGCCCACUACUUUGGCGACGACGUGUCGUUGUCGGUCAACCUCGAGCAGACGGCCGACCGGCUGACGCACCGCCUCGUCGACGACAUGCGCUGGCCGCAUGGGACGUUCUCGCUCCGGCACCGCAUCCUCCUCGGCGGCCUCAUGCCCGCCAUCGUCGAGUCGUGGUACCCGACGUCGAACGACACGUACGGCGUCCUCCUCGAGGACGACGUCGAGGUGUCGCCCCUGUACUACGCGUGGCUCAAGUUCAGCAUCCUCCAGUACCGGUACACGCUCGCCGGCCGCCGGGCGUCGUCGCGCAUGUUCGGCGUCUCGCUGUACCAGCAGAAGAACAUCGAGCUCCGUCCCGAAGGCCGCCAGCCGUUCGACCCGCACAAGCUGUUCGAGGGCCUGUCGCUCCACCCGACGACGCCGUACCUGUCGCAGAUCCCGUGCUCGUGGGGCGCGGCCUACUUCCCCGAGCACUGGCGCGAGUUCCACUCGUACCUCGCCCUGCGCCUGUCCGAGCUCGCCCUCCCGAUCUCGGAGCCGCUCGUGCCGGCCAUCCGCAGCAACAAGUGGCCGCGCAGUUGGAAGAAGUACUUCAUCGAGCUCGUGUACCUGCGAGGCUACACGAUGCUGUACCCGAACUACCCCGAGUUCGAGUCGCUGUCGACCAACCACCUCGAGAAGGGCACCCACGUCAAGACGUCGCGCGUCGACGAGAAGAAGAAGGCCCUGUUCGAGGUCCCGCUCCUCGACCGCGACGCGUCCCUCGUCGACUCGCUCCCCGGCGGGCCCGGCCACGAGCGUCUCCCCGCGUGGGACGCCCUCCCGACGCUCGACCUGUGGGGCGCCCUCGCGAGCGAGCACGAGCUCCUCGAGCGAGGGUGGCAGACGACGCGCAUGCUCGGCUCGUGCGGCCGCACGUUGCCCUCGCUCGAGGCCGAGGACCUCGCCCACCCGCGGUACGACGCGCGCGAGCUCCUGUGCGAGCGCGUGUGGGACCGCGAGACCGAGGGCCGGCUCGUCGACGCGCAGCCGCUCGCCGUGCGCGGGCAGGUCCCGCCGCCGGCGGCGCCGCCUGUCGUCGCUCGGGCCCGAGUACCUGCGCGAGAUGGCGACGACGACGAGCGUCUCUCGGCCGCACGGCAAGACGAGCCGGUCGUCAUGCGUCGCGGCGCGCACGACCACGCGCACGAGGACGAGGCGGUCCGAGAGCUCGAGGUCGACGACGCCGACGCGGGAUCCCGUACCGGGCUCUUCCCCGACGACGACAACGAGCACGCCGCUGCGCACGGUGACGAGCGCGCCGAGCCGGCGGCGGAGGAGCAGGAGCAGGAGCAGGACAAUGCUCGAGGUCGGGGGCGCCGGCUCGUCGACCUUGCGGCGCGACGAGCGCACGCCGAGGAGGCCGAGUUCGGGCUGGACGAGACUGAGUCGGAGCAGGAGCUGGAGCAGGGCUCGGGCAGGAGAGCGGAGCAGGAGGGACGGCCGAGGGCCUGAGCGGCGGGUGGGCGCACGACGGCGGGCGCGAGGUCUCUAUUGUUGC